ACAACAACAAUCUACUACAUUAUAUUUCCUUAAUCCUUAUUAGCAUUCAAUUACCCUCAAAUAUGUCCUCCAAAAUCCUUUGCUCAUCUCUGCUAUUCCUCACGAUAAUCCUGGGAGUUUGGAGCUGUCUAGUAGCUUCCUUCCGGGUAACCUUUGACUACGAAAAUUCCAUGCGAUUGAGGCACCAGCAAUGGAUGGCUCAUCAUGGAAAAGUUUACGCAGACGCAUCUGAGGAAGACAUGCGUUUUAAUGUAUUCAAAAACAACGUUGAACGUAUUGAAACUUUUAAUGCCGGAACUGAUAAAGGGUAUAAACUUGGUGUUAAUAAAUUUGCUGACUUAACUAACGAUGAAUUUCGUGAGUUACGUGUUAGCGGGUUUGUGAGGCGGGAUGAGGAAUCUGGACUCGUGUCCGCCUCAGAAUCAAAACAUUUCAGGUACGCUGAUGCUACCAACUUGCCCUCCGCCGUGGACUGGAGGGAGAAAGGGGCCGUCACACCCAUCAAGGACCAAGGCGAUUGUGGGAGUUGCUGGGCAUUUGCAACAGUGGCAGCAGUGGAAGGCAUCCACCAACUGCAAACCGGCAACCUCGUCUCCCUCUCGGAGCAACAACUCGUUGACUGCAACCGCAACCGCAAAAACACCGGCUGUAAUGGCGGCUACCCCUACAUCGCUUUCCAGUUCAUCGCCCAAAACAACGGCCUCACAACCGAGGAAAACUACCCCUACAAGGCAAAAGAUGGCGUUUGCAAGGCCAACAAAACCGUGCUAAAGGCGGCGGCCGCCAUCUCCGGCUACGAGCAAGUCCCUUCCGAGAACGAGACGGCUUUAAUGCAAGCGGUGGCUCAUCAACCCGUGGCGGUAUCAAUCGACGGCGGCGACUUCGAUUUCCAGUUCUAUAAAAAAGGAGUGUUUGCCGGGAAGUGCAAGGUAGAGCUCAACCAUGCGGUGGCGGCGGUUGGGUAUGGGAUAACCGGCGACGGGAAGAAGUAUUGGGUGAUAAAGAAUUCAUGGGGGACAACAUGGGGUGAAAAUGGAUACAUGAAGAUUCAAAGGGAUUAUGCUGACAAGAGAGGACUAUGUGGCCUUGCUAAGGCUGCAUCUUAUCCCACUAUAUAAAUUUAGACAACUAUAUCGUGUGUUUAUAUGUUGUAGCUCAACAAUUAUAAGCACAAAAUAUGAUGUCUGGGAAAUAUAUAUAAUCUGCCUAAGCUAAUUAAGUAUUAGGAAUUGCUGGUUAGAAUGUAGUAUUUACAAAUAAGGCCAGCAUAUGUGUGUAUUAGUAAUUGGCAUGCAUGCAAUGCCAAUUAUUAGCUUUGUUACCCUUUGGAUCUUAUGUAAUAUAUAAAUAUGUUGUGAUGUGUGGAUGUGUUCAUCUCUA